GGAAAGAAAGAAGGAAAAGAAAUCCGAAGCAGCAAAGCUGAAGUAGAAAGAAAGCAAUGGCGACAAACAUCGGUAUGAUGGAUGGGGCUUACUUCGUCGGCAGAUCUGAGAUUCUUUCUUGGAUCAACACCACUCUCCAUCUCAAUCUCUCCAAAGUCGAAGAGGCAUGUUCUGGCGCCGUUCAUUGCCAGAUGAUGGAUGCGGUUCAUCCAGGGAUGGUACCGAUGCACAAAGUCAAUUUUGAUGCCAAGAACGAAUACGAGAUGAUACAAAACUAUAAAGUUCUCCAAGAUGUCUUUAACAAACUCAAAAUCACCAAGCAUAUUGAGGUGAGCAAGUUGGUGAAAGGAAGGCCGCUUGAUAAUCUGGAGUUCAUGCAAUGGAUGAAAAGAUACUGUGAUUCGGUUAAUGGAGGCGGGCUAAAUAAUUACAAUCCACUAGAAAGGAGAGAGGCUUCUAAAGGAGGAAGAGAAACAGGCAAGAAAUCAGCUCCUCAACAAUCCUCAACCAAGGGUUUAAGUGCUGCUCCUAGACCUUCAUCUUCUCAUGCUCGAAGGAACAGCAAUGACGUUCCAUCAUCUGCACACCUUUCUAAUCAAUCAGAAAAGGCAUCAUCCAAACCAUCUACAUCAAUGGCUGCUUAUGAUGAACAAAUCACCGCUUUGAAGCUAUCUGUCGAUAGUCUUGAGAAAGAGAGGGAUUUCUACUUUGCAAAGUUGAGAGAUAUUGAGAUUCUCUGCCAGACUCCUGAAAUCGAAGACUCUCCGAUUGUUGCAGCUAUCCAAAAGAUUUUAUAUGCUACAGAUGGUGAUGCAUCAGUUGUGUCCGAAGCUCAAGCCAUGGUGGCACUUCACUCCAAGGAAGCGGGGACUUUGAGUCCAAUUGCUGAGGCAUCGGAAGAGAAAUCCACUUGUGAAAUUCAAAAGAGGAAAAACAUUUUGAACUCUGAUGUAGAUGCAGCUGGAAUCAUAACAUUGUCUCCAAGGCAAAGGCUUUCCGAUGCUUCUGAUGUUCACUGCAGUGGGUCACCUCUUAUGACUUACUGAUCUGCUUGACAAUACAGUUUUGUCAAAUAUAGUUACAGUUUUAUAUGUUGUUUUUGUAGUCGAACUAGGGUUGUCCAGGACUGUUAAGGACAGGAUGUCAUCCGGCUUGUCAGCAUAGUCUGUUUGGAUCAUGUUGUGUAUUUGGAAGGUGAAAGAAUACCGUGCUAUUAUAUUCAUAUCCAUUCUGCUUCAGUAGCUAAGGGUUCUGCAGCAAAAAAAGAAAAUU